GCCAGGCCCCGCGGGCAGCUGGGAGAGGCGACGUCGGUGCUCCAGGCGAGCGAGCAAGGGAGAGGGCUCGCUCGCGGGCAGGCGGGCGGGCAGGCAGAGGGCGGGGGCAGGACCGUGGAGUGCGGGCUGCGACGCAGAUGUCAUGUGGCCUGUGCUUUGGACCGUGGUGCGUACCUAUGCUCCCUAUGUCACAUUUCCUGUGGCCUUCGUGGUCGGGGCUGUGGGUUACCACCUGGAAUGGUUCAUCCGGGGGAAGGAUCCCCAGCCUGUGGAGGAGGAGAAGAGCAUCUCUGAGCGCCGGGAGGACCGAAAGCUGGAUGAACUGCUAGGCAAGGACCACACCCAGGUGGUGAGCCUUAAGGACAAGCUGGAAUUUGCCCCUAAAGCUGUCCUGAACAGAAACCGCCCAGAGAAGAAUUAACGAAGGACACAGAGCCCCAUGGGUCCUUGUGUGGGCCAUGACUGGCCCUGCCACCAUGUCUACCCUGCUCCAGAACCCACAUUGGAUUUGCUGUGUCGCUCAUUCUGUCCCUUCCUGUACCACCCAGCCCCUCACACACUGGCUGCCCUCACGUUGCCAGGCGGACACUCGAGCCGCCGAGGGGCCAGGGAAGAGGAAGGCCCUUGAGGGUUCUGGCCUGAAGGCUGCAUGUGUUGUAUGGUGGCCGAAACUGCUCAGGCUUCUGCGCUUCUGGGCGCGCCGCGGGGAGGAGUGUCAUGAAAUGAAUGAUGGCUGUCUGUUUCUUUGGGGAGGCACUUUGGCCUCAAGUGGGAGUGGCUGGGGUUGGGGUGCUGCCUUAGGAGGGAUGCCUACAUGCCUAGUCCCAGUGUACACUGGGAAGAAUUCAAAAAGCUACCUGGCUCCCUUCACUAGUUUGCCCUCUUCUUGCACUCAUUCUCCCGGAAAUCCUGUCCUGUCAGCUCAGGAAUGAGACUCCCUGGGGAGGAAGGCCUUUUUCUGUUCUUGGAAGCCCAGGUUGUUUACCUUGGGACAGGUAAAUUUGCUUGAAAACAGUCACAUUUUUCACCACCCCGCAUCACUGUAUGGUACAAAACUUGAUUAAAGUGGCAUCUGAGAAUCAUA